CGGAAGAGUUUGCCGCGCGAGCAGCCGGCCUCCCGCAGGAGCGGAGGAACCAGCGCAGCCGCGGCCGGAGAUUGGCGGCCGCGUAGCUCCGACACCCGCGCCCCGGCGGCGGCGGCGGCGGCGGCGGCGGCGGCCUCGAGAGCAGCGUCUCCCGCCGCCGCCCGGGAGGAGCUCGCCGCGCCCGCUCCCGCUCCCGCUUCGGCUUCCAGCGGCAGCGGCGGCGGGAGGCGCGUCUCCCCGGCCCAGUCCGCUCCCGGCCCCGUGGGGCCGCCACGGCCCGCUCCGAGGAAAACUGCAUAGAAAAUCUAAUGGAUGAAGAUGAGAAAGACAGGGCAAAGAGAGCUUCUCGAAACAAGUCUGAGAAGAAACGUCGGGACCAGUUCAAUGUUCUCAUCAAAGAGCUUAGCUCCAUGCUCCCUGGCAACACGCGGAAAAUGGACAAAACCACCGUGCUGGAAAAGGUCAUCGGAUUUUUGCAGAAACACAACGAAGUCUCAGCGCAAACGGAAAUCUGCGAUAUUCAGCAGGACUGGAAGCCUUCCUUCCUCAGUAAUGAAGAAUUCACGCAGCUGAUGUUGGAGGCAUUGGAUGGCUUCAUCAUCGCCGUGACAACGGAUGGCAGCAUCCUCUACGUUUCUGACAGCAUCACACCUCUCCUUGGGCACUUACCGUCAGAUGUUAUGGAUCAGAAUUUGUUAAAUUUCCUUCCUGAACAAGAACACUCAGAAGUUUAUAAGAUGCUUUCUUCCCAUAUGCUUGUGACGGACUCCCCUUCCCCAGGCUACUUAAAAUCUGACAACGAUUUAGAGUUUUAUUGCCAUCUUCUCAGAGGCAGCUUGAACCCAAAGGAAUUUCCAACUUAUGAAUACAUAAAAUUUGUAGGAAAUUUUCGCUCCUACAACAAUGUGCCUAGCCCCACCUGUAACGGCUUUGACAGCACCCUUUCAGGGCCUUGCCGGCUGCCACUUGGAAAGGAGGUCUGCUUCAUCGCUACCGUUCGCCUGGCAACACCACAGUUCUUAAAGGAAAUGUGCGUAGUUGAUGAACCGUUAGAGGAAUUCACUUCAAGGCAUAGCUUGGAAUGGAAAUUUUUAUUUCUGGAUCACAGAGCCCCGCCAAUCAUAGGAUACCUGCCUUUUGAAGUUUUGGGCACCUCGGGCUACGACUACUACCACAUCGAUGACCUGGAGCUCCUGGCCAGGUGUCACCAGCACCUGAUGCAGUUUGGCAAAGGGAAGUCGUGUUGCUACCGGUUUCUGACCAAAGGCCAGCAGUGGAUCUGGCUGCAGACCCACUACUACAUCACCUACCACCAGUGGAACUCCAAGCCCGAGUUCAUCGUGUGCACGCACUCGGUGGUCAGUUACGCGGACGUCCGGGUGGAAAGGAGGCAGGAGCUGGCAUUGGAAGACCCGCCAUCCGAGGCCAUCCAUGCUUCAGCACUAAAGGACAAGGGCUCAAACCUGGAACUUCAGCAGCACUUAAAUGCCCUGGAUGUGGGCACCUCGGGCCUGAACACAAGCCACUCGCCAUCAGCGUCCUCAAGAAGUUCCCACAAAUCCUCGCACACGGCCAUGUCAGAAUCCACCUCCACUCCGAGCAAGCUGAUGGCAGAAGCCAGCACCACGGCUGUGCCGCGAUUGGCCACCCGGCCCCAAGAGCUCCCUGUGCCAGGGCUCAGCCAGGCAGCCACGAUGCCGGCUCCCCUGCCUGCCCCGGUGUCCUGUGACCUCACACAGCAGCUCCUGCCUCAGGCCAUUUUGCAGAACCCACCUGCCCCCAUGGCACAGUUCCCAGCACAGUUCAGCGUGUUCCAGACCAUCAAAGACCAGCUGGAGCAGCGGACGCGCAUCCUGCAGGCCAACAUCCGGUGGCAGCAGGAAGAGCUACACAAGAUCCAGGAGCAGCUCUGCCUGGUCCAGGACUCCAGUGUCCAGAUGUUUCUGCAGCAGCCAGCCAUCUCCCUGAGCUUCAGCAGUGCCCAGCGGCCGGAUGCUCAGCAGCAGCUCCCGCAGAGGUCGGCCCCGGAGUCCCCGUCCCCGCUCACUGCCAGCCCUCAGCUUCCGGGGCAGAUCGCCUCUGUCCAGGUCACAAACCAGCACCUGCUCAGAGAAUCGAGUGUGAUAUCAGCCCAGGGUCCCAAGCCGAUGAGAAGCUCCCAGAUGAUACAGGGAAGUGGCCACUCAGUGGGCAGCUUGACGCCCCAGUUCAGCAGCCCUGCAGCCGUGCUCCCACCAACUCUGAGCCUGACCACGCCGGCUUCCACCUCCCAGGACGCCAGCCAGUGCCAGCCCAGCCCGGACUUCAGCCACGAUCGGCAGCUCAGGCUGUUGCUGAGUCAGCCUAUCCAGCCCAUGAUGCCUGGGUCCUGUGACGCGAGGCAGCCCUCAGAGGUCAGCAGGACUGGACAACAAGUCAAGUAUGCACAGAGCCAGGCCGUGUUUACGAAUGCAGACGUGCACAGCACCAGCAGCGGCGCCCCGACCCCUGUCCUGCUGAUGGGGCAGGCGGUGCUGCACCCCAGCUUCCCCAGCUCCCAGCCGGCACCCCUGCAGCCAGCACAGGCCCAGCAGCACUUCCUGCAGGUACAGGCACCAACCUCUUUGCACAGUGAGCACCAGGACUCGCUCCUUCUCUCCACCUACUCCCAGCAGCCAGGGACCCUGGGCUUUGCCCCGCAACCCCAGCCCCCGCGCCCAUCCCGCAGGCUCAGCAGCCUGUCGGAGUCAUCAGGCCUCCAGCAGCCCCCCCGGUAGUGCCCUGGCACCUCAGGCGGGUCCCAGUCAACUUUAAGCGAUGGACAGAAGAAGAGGGAGAGGAGUCUGAACUUAAACCCUUGGCAUUUGUGCACACUGCAUACAUUUUGGAUCUCCUGGAUGGUAACCAUCCCCAGACAGCAGCAGCUGGCACGUGGGAAUGAUCAGCAAAGCUGGCUGGGUUCUCCUUGCCUCUGCACGCCUCGGGCACACUCUACAGCCAUAUUGGGACGUCGUGACUCAGUUGACCUUAUCAGAUGGCGCAUCUCGUUGCAUCCUCCCGAGAGCACACGCUAGCCAGCAGUGGCCCGUCCACACAUGCUAGCUGGCCUUCAUUCUCUCUUUCCUUUGCAUUCCGGAAGCACUUGGGUCAGAGAUCUGUUGAAGAGAGAAUAAAGAGAUUAUUUUUCAUUAUUUUUAAAUGGUUGUUUUUGUUUUAAUUUGCACAGCUGCACAGAGGAGAUAACCUAGGCACUUUCAACUCUGAAAAAUAAUGAGGUCUCAUGACUUCAUUUGGAGACCACAGUAACAAAAACAGCCCACCAAUCAGAGAGCACAGCUGGUCAUUGACCAGGCUGCAGCCCCACACCCUCCGGCCAAAACCCUAAUGGAAUGAGGGUCUCCACCCCACACCAUGAUGGUGAUUUUUUCCCCCCUAAAUAUAACACUGGACUGUUUCCUGUUUACUUCAUUGAUUGCAACUACAAGGCGGACUCAAAGCGAAGCACAAUCAUGCAGCUGACAUUCCAGAAUCUUGAGAACUCCAGGGCUAAGAAGGGAGGGGUUUCACAAGCCAGACAGGCCCUGAGGUACCCCGCCUGUGCUGGGCCUGGGAGGGAGAUUGCUGCAUCUUCCUACACAUGUUUCAUGAUAAGACCCAGGACUGAAUUUCCUUUUCAUAAUGCACUUUGCUUUUUUUUUGUAUGUUUUGUUAUGUUGAGAUGUUUCUAAAGAAAAGAUUUUAUGUAAUUAUAAGACGAAGUGUAGUGACAUGUACAGCUGUUGUAAUAAUGACCUAUUUCUAUAUAAAAUAAAAUGGUAUGGAUUAUGUGUAAAUUAUUUUGUAUCGGAGACACCAGUUCCUUUCCCAAAUAUCAAAGUAUAAAAGUUUUUCUUGUGUUUUUCUGUGAGUGGAUAUUUUGUAAUAAACAGAUUUGUACAAUU